AUGAAAGUGUUAAGUUGGAAUCCCCGUGGGCUUGGGAACCCACGGGGCAUUCAUACUCUUCAUGCUCUGUUGGCGAAGGAAGCUCCCGACGUGGUCUUCUUACAGGAAACUCGGCUAAAUGCUCGGCGGUGGACUACCUAUAAGUAUACCCUUGGCUUUUCAAAUUGCUUUAUUGUUGAUGUUGUUGGCCGUAGUGGUGGUUUGGCUAUGUUAUGGAAAUAUGAGCUUGCUUUAAGAAUUUUGAAUUAUUCUAUGAAUCAUGUUCAUGCUGAGAUUGAACUACCUAGUGUGGAAGGGGGGAAGUGUGUAAUCACAGGGGUGUACGGUCACCCCCAAGUAGACUGUAGAGAGGAAGUAUGGGCUUUGCUUAAACACUUGAGUCUUACUGUAUGUUGUCCUCGGUUAGUAUUUGGCGAUUUUAAUGAAAUUCUUUUCCAAUCUGAAAAAUCUGGGGAUAAUAUGCAAAGUGAAGGGCAGUUACGUGGAUUUCGUGCUGUAUUGGAACAAGGAGGGUUGUGUGAUCUUGGUUUUGCGGGAGCCCCAUUUACUUGGUGUAAUAACCGAGAAGGGGAUGGGCUUAUUUCUGAAAGGUUGGAUCGAUUUUUGGAUAACAUGGCUUGGACUGAUGCUUUUCCUAAUUUACGGGUUCAAUAUGGAGUAGCCGCCUAUUCUGAUCAUAUUCCUCUAUGGCUUGAUACCCAUGGGGGUUGCAUUCAAAAUAAAGGCCUUAAACCGUUUCGAUUUGAGGCGAUGUGGGUGGGGGAUCGAGAGUGCACGGCUCUGGUGGAGAAAGCGUGGUGUGCAGGGGAAGGGAUUCAAUCUUUGAGUCAAGUAAUGUCCUAUAUAUCUCACUGUUCUUCCGCUUUAUCACGUUGGAACAGGACCUCCUUUGGUCAUGUUCAGAAGAAGUUGGCUGCUGCGCAACAGAAGUUGGGAGAGAUUUCAUCAUCUGAUCCUUCUUUUCAACAAGGGUUGUCUCAUAAAUUGGCUAGGGAAGAGGUCCAGAACUGGCUUGAACGGGAUGAGAUUAUGUGGAAACAGCAAUCACGUGUGGCAUGGCUUCGCAAAGGAGAUAGUAAUUCUCAGUUUUUUCACAGUAGGGCAAGUCUUAGAAGACGAAAAAAUAGAAUUUAUCAUUUGAAGGAUGCUGGUGGAAUCUGGAGAGAGGAGGUUCAGAUGGAAACUCUGAUUGUUGAUUAUUUCCAGAAUUUAUUCUCAAACACCGAUUCAGGUGAUAUGGCUGAGGUUUUAUCUGGGGUUGAGGGUAAGGUUACUGACCAGAUGAAUGUGCUGUUGACUAGGCCAUAUGUGGCUGAAGAAGUGGAAGCUGCAGUUAAGCAGAUGCAUCCAUCUAAGGCCCCGGGUCCUGAUGGUAUGUCUCUCGUGUUUUUUCAUAAAUAUUGGAAUGUUAUUGGUAAACCGGUGAUUCUUUCUGUUUUAAAGGCACUGAAUUCUGGUUCGUUUCCACAAGACUUGAAUCAUACUUUCAUCACUUUAAUCCCUAAGAAAACUGACCCUUUUACUGUGGUUGACUUUCGUCCCAUUAGUCUUUGCAAUGUUCUCUAUAAGAUUCUUUCAAAAUGUAUUGCCAAUCGUCUGAAAAAAAUUCAGCCUUUGCUAAUUUCUGAAUCUCAAUGUGCUUUUGUUUUGGGUAGGUAG